CUUCAAUGUAGGACUUUAAUGAGAGUUGCGCAGGUGCCAGGAGGCUUAAAACUUCAUGGACAACUUGCAAGUGUUUGUACAACGUACCUUGAGUUAACUGAAGCGUUCUUAUUAGGUUUAUAGUUUAGUUUACUUAAGUUUAUAGUCUUAAAGCUUGGUAGCUGUCACAAAACAUGUUUUGUAAAUCCGUUAGCUAGAAAGAAAACAUGGCGCCUGAAUUCGCGGAUGUUAACCAUGGACUGUAUGUUAACGGACGUUCCACAGUGACGUCCUUGGCUCUCGUUUGCUCCUGGGGUGAAAGAAAUGGAUUGAAGCUGUUUACUUCGAGAGAGGGACGAUCUUCUUUUCUUCGAGAAAAUGUUCUGGACCCUGUGACAUGAACUGGGAGGCCCAGCUCCCAGUCUUCUGCAAAAUAGGUGUUGACAAACAGAAAUGGGGCCAUUACACUGGGAUACCGGGAGGAAGUAUGAUGCACGAUGAAGACCUUGAAGAGAAGCAAUGGCUUCUACAUCACACCAUGUGCUGCCUCUAGCUGCCCAACACUGAGGAAGGUUUGUGUUCAGUGCUCUCAGAAGUAGGCGGUUGGAUCUGGAGGUUUGCCCGACCUGGUUCCUGAUCCCAACUAUGUCCAGGCUUCCACAUAUAUCCAGAGAGCCCACAUGUAUUCUCUCCGCUGUGCAGCUGAAGAAAAAUGUCUGUCAAGCUCCGCCUAUGGCCCAGAGACCACCGACUAUGAUGUAAGGGUCCUGCUACGAUUCCCACAGAGGGUGAAGAACAAGGGGACUGCCGACUUCAUGCCGAACAGGCCACGUCAUACCUGGGAGUGGCAUAGCUGUCAUCAGCACUACCACAGUAUGGAUGAGUUCAGCCACUAUGAUUUACUGGAGGUCAGCACGGGCCGCAAAGUUGCAGAGGGACACAAGGCGAGCUUCUGUCUAGAGGACACCACCUGUGACUUUGGUCACCUGAAGCGCUAUGCCUGCACCAGUCACACUCAGGGUCUGAGCCCUGGCUGCUACGAUACAUACAAUGCUGAUAUUGACUGCCAGUGGAUCGAUAUCACGGACAUCAAGCCUGGAAACUACAUACUGAAGCUCCAGGUUAAUCCCAAAUUCUUGGUGCUGGAAUCAGACUUCACUAACAAUGUGGUCAGGUGUAAUAUACACUACACAGGACGCUUUGUUACAACAACUAACUGCAAGUUGGCACAGUCUUGAUCAGGCACUGGAAGGCUGCCACGCUCGAGUGACCCUGAUUGCUUUUCCAUUGAAAUGUGAAUGGAAUCCAUUUGUUGUUGGUUCAUAGUUGAUGUUGUUUGUCUCUACUAUUUUGUGCUGUCUCGGUAUCCUGAGCCCAUGGCAAACAAGGGUUCCACUGGCACUGAGCAGAAUGUGGGGUUUUAGAAUAGACACACACAUACACACACACACACACAGAGUUUGCAUUAUGCAUAUUGCACAUUUAUAUCCCAAUAAUGAGUCUACACUUCAAAUCCCUGCAAUCUGUGUUAAAAUAUUGUCCUACCAGCUACAUUUCUAAUAUUACAUCUCUACUGGUCUGAUUUGGUUAAUGCGAGGACACAUUUCUGACUUUCUAAAGAGGUGUUUACUGUAUCUGCACACAAACAUCCAUGCACACCCCCGGCAGAGCGGCUCUGUUUGAAUUAUAAAUAAAGCGUGAAACGGUGCCGGUGCUUAAAUGAGUGGUUCCAGACAAGUCAGGGUUCAGCUGCGAUCCAACAAAUAAAAUUAGGGGACAAAGUCUUCCUAGGUGCAUUCAUCCAUGCUGUGUGGGGACAGACAGCUAUGCCCAGUGACUCAGAAGAACUAUAAUGUGUUAGUUUUUUGUUGUUUUUUUCUCUUCACUGCCUCAGUGGGUCAGGCUGGGAUACUGUGAUUCUCUGGGCGCAUUUUGUUUAAUGUUGUGUUAACAGCAAGAGGAAGACAGCAGGUCAUAUUUGCAUUUGUCAACUCCAUCAAAUAGUAAGUCAACAUAAAACAGACUGUCAAUACUGGGCACCAUACUACUCUAAAUCCUUGCAUAUUCGUGUCGUGUCGUGUCCCCGUUCAUCCUUUCUUAUUUCAGUAAAACAGGAACAGGAAGCUCAACUGGCAGAAAAGGGUGCUUGCUUUCCAGAAAACUAGACUCACAGUAUAUAAGCCGUAUAUUUACACUGUCUUCGGGUCUCUUCUUCAACCACCAACACUGGUCAGAUGGCACAUACGUCAUCUAUACCUUUUGAAGAAUGUAUAUACAAAUAUUCCACUGAUGCAUGACUUAAAUGAUGGAGAUUAUGUUUGUUGUAACUGAUUGUACUUUGUUUAUCCAGUUUGACCUGUUACUGUAAUUUGUGAAAUUCAUUGAACUUAUUUUUGUUCUUGAUAAUUUGAAUUAUUCAAACACUACUGCUACAGAUUUAGUAUUAUAAUGCAGAGCGUCUACCUACCUCUCCAAUGUAGUGAGCUGUUGUUUCUUGUUACGUGUUUGGUUUCUAUUGGAAAUCCCUGCAGUAGUUUACUGUGGCCUCCUACCACUGAGUUGCAGCACACAGCCAAAACUCACAAAUCUUCUUCUUGAAUAUAUUAAAGAUCAAACAAUGUGGAAACAAUUACUUAAGUUAGAAUCCUUAAGAUUUCACUCCUGUUUGGGUUGUUGACACCUGUGGUUACUGAUGGGAAGAGCAAGUGCAGUUUAACAUGACACAACACUUUCUCAAUUGACAUAAAUGAGUACUCUAUGUAAUGCCGUGAAACACUCACAUGGUUUUAAACAUUUGGUUAAUGUUGUGAAAUAUGAUUGCUAAUGGUUUGGGUUAAAAUAUGUGGUUUAAUUUGGUAGUAUAUGUGACGCAGUAUGUCACGUGGCUAUGUACUAAGAUAGUUGUGUACAAAAGUUGGUUUUACACGGGAAAAGAGGAUCAGUCUUCUGUCCUGUGUUAGUUUUUACUGUUUUUGUCGCUCUGUAAAGAGCAUCACCUCAAUUCCUCUUCUGCUACCGUCAUAAUUACGUUGGCCACUAGAGGUCCCCACCUGAUUACAAACGUAAAAAUGUGUCGUAAUAAGCUGCUUGCACAGACGACCUAUACAACUGUUUUUGAGGGAAGGUAGUCUGAUUCUGCAUCAAUCACAGCUACUUUGUCAGCAGACGUACAGCAGAAGAGAAACUAUUGUAUCUGCUUGCAGUGGAACCAAACAAACUCAAGUUUUAAUAAUAAAGUCAAUAAUUAGCCUUCCUCUAUUGUGCACAAUGAAAUCACCUUUAAUGUGAUUUCAUUGUGCACACAGGGCAAGUAGUUUUCCAAACAACAGCAGGUUGCAGUAACAAGAGUUGGUUGCUGAGAAGUUUCAGUUGUGCAGGCUGAAGCUUUUCAUCACUGUGACUGGGCUUUCCUAUUCCAUUUAUCCCUGCAAUAUUGAAAACUUGUCUGCUGCCACAACUUGCUGUUGUUUUGUUUAGUAGGCACAUUUUUGAUAAACGAUUGUAGUUCACACUCACCGUUGUGACAAAAGUAUUGCUUUCCUGGGACUGCGUUACGAUAAAAUGGUUCACCAGCAGCAGAAGGGAAUUGGUUUGCAUUGUAACAGCGGUAAUAUGGUCUUAAGACCGUCCACUGAGAGGGUGAUAUCAAUGAGAUAAGAUUACUAACAGUAAUGCCAGAUUACACGCUUGAGUUGUUCCUUGUGCAUGUGAAGGUAAUUUGAACCCAUCACAUGACUGCCACAAAACAAAACUACUAUAUAGGGAGAGGUCAUAACCGAAUGUAUUGUAAAUACAUUAAAUAGAAAAAUAGUUUUUGAUUGAAUGAAAAUCUUAAGGAUUAUAACUUUAAUAUCUAUUAAUGUGAUCACUGAAGUUGAGCUUUUUCCAGAAACAAUCAAGUACUGAUCCAACAAUGGAAAGGCACCAAAUUUAGUUUGUUACUGUUUGAAACAAAUAUGUGUAUUACUCAAAAUCAAAAGUUCCAGUGCGCACCUGGAUACUCGAGAAGAAAGUAUAAAACAAAGAGUAGAUGCAUGUCAUUCUUUUUUUCUUUUUUUUUAACAGACUAUUCUGUGCUAAAUUAAUACCAGGUGUGCCUUCAAUCAACUGCUGGUGCGCGGAAGAUCAAAGUAUCCUUGUGCGCACUGGAACUUUAUCCUGCACCGGCACACCACGGUGUGUCGUUAAUUUUUUUUGGUUUAUUAUUCACUGUUUUCAUUCUGCAAUUUCAAAGAUUAUUUUGUUUUUAUAGACAGGUGCUUUAAAUGCAGAUUAGAUUUAGCCUUUGGCAUCCAAUAUAUUCUCCUCUUUGGUGUAAAUAGCCAGUUCUUCAAUUUGAUCUGCUUUUUUCUACAUGGGCAUGUCAUGAUCAUACUGUACGCUCACUGACGAGAUGCAACAGCGUGUGAUUGUGACAUUCAGUGGAAUGACAGCACAAGAGUAGGUGACAGUUAUACAGCUUCUUUGACAUGUGGUGAUGAAAUUUGUAUUUUCCAACAGUGAACACCUGUCAAAAAUGUCAUAUACAAUAAAUACAUU